AAAAUAUUUGAAUUCGUGUCGUGAGAGUCGAGAGAGGUGAAGUGGUGAAAACCGUUGAAAAAGAGAACGAUUGAAAAGUAAAAAAACAAACGUUCAUUAGAAAUAUACUGUGUUGUGUGAUCAUGGUAUUUGCGUAGGUAUUUCGUGAAAAAUGUUGACUCAAUAGUGAGAAGUAUAUUGCGUAUCGCUUAAUCGGGCACUCCAAAAGUAGAGAAAUGUUUUUCCAAGUAAAUGUCACACCUAAGGAAAAAAAACCUCCAAAGAUCAGAGAGGGAAAUAACAAAGAAAAGGUCGAGGUUCGUCAGGAGUAUGAACUCACAUUGGCUCCAUUUCAGCCACAGACUCGUUUAAACCUUGAGUCGACUGUUAACAACACUGUCAAAUGUAGCCUCAAGGUCAAGAACCCGAGCAAUCGGAACCUUGAGGUAACCGUCACAAAAUCGCCGCCUGUUGAGAGAUCGGUAAUUCUCAGUGCAUCAGAACUCUCUGUUUCGGCAGGGAGUGAAGCCGAACUUGAAAUAUCAUGGACACCCAAAGAGGGCGGUUCAUGGAGAGAUACAUUGCAGCUUACGGACAGUCGGCGAAUAAAAUACGACGUCGCAAUAAUCCUGAGUGCUCCUAUUAUUGGGAAAAAACCUAAUAAGGGCAAAGUCCGAGUUCUCGCUCCUUCAAACACUACGAAUGAAAGGGCCCUUGCUCGAAACGUUUCAUUGCCAGUUGCUCGGGAACCUAAAAAAACUGUUUUAUCAGACAAAGAGAAUGUGCCAAAAUUUCGUUCAACCGGCAAAGUUGUUGAAGUCCAACACAGCACAACUUUUUCCAGAAACAAACACAAUUUUUCCAACAUAAUGAAUUCAACAGAAUUUGGUUUUACUCCAUUGAAAGCACGUGAUGAAGGGCCGAAUAUAAGAAUAUCAUCGACCACCGAGACCUCAAUUUCGCCUCAAAAAAUGAGUAUUGUUUCGUCGGAAUUAGCUACACUUCCACACGAAAAGGGCAGCGUACAAACUACUCACACUUGCCAGCAAGAAAACCAUAACUUUUCCAUCAUCAUGAAUUCUACAACUUUCAAUUUCACACCGUUGCAAGCUCGCAGCGACCCUGGGGAGGAGAAUGUUCCAACAGGACAGAUGCGAAUCGAAACUAAAAUGUCAUUUUCACCACAGAACAUCUCCUUGGUAUCACCGGAAGCUGUGGGUCUGCCGAUGCUUCGUCGAGAAACCUAUGUAACCAGGAAGUGUGUUAAAUCGAUUGGUCAAACUUUCACAGAGGAAACCAAAGAUAAGCAAGAAGAAGAUGAGAAUUUUCCUGAUUCGUUGUCACCACAGCCAGAAGUUGAAGAGGAAAAUUCCGAUCUACGCAAGCCCUCGGAUUUUUCGGCAUUGAUAGACGACAUGAAAUUCCUCACUCCUGAAGGCCCAAACUGUGGAAAAAAUGGGAAUUUUUCACCGAAUGGCUGUUCUACGGGAAAUCGAACGAGAUCAGUGGAAAAAUUAGCAUCGCACGAAGCUUCGUCGUUGAAUCUCGCUGGAAACGACACCUUCGAUUUAAGCAAUUCAAAAAUAGAAAACAAUUCAGGAGCCAACGGAACUUACGAGCUAUCGCCAAAAAGUUCUAAAAAUUUAGAUACUGUGCGGCCACCGCGAUUGUUGUCUCAGAGUUUCGAGCUUACUUCACCCAACGAACAAACUGUCAAUCAUCUUUCGGGAUCGAAAAUCUCAUCGAUCCCAUUUUCAUCAACUCCCGUAUGUCGCAACGUUCUUCCCGGGCAAUUCCAGUCGAGAACGAGUAUUUCGCACACUCCGUACAAAAACUACGACGACGUCUCGGUGAAGCAAGUUCUCGAAGCUGAUUUAUGGGCGAAGCCGGAAAACGAGCAAUUCACCUCCUCGAUAGCUUCGUCAUCGAUAAAAAAACGUUGCAUCAGUCUGAAUAGAAUAAACGAGGAGGAAACGUCACCCGAUCGAGUAUUUUUUGUGCCUUUAAAUAAAACAAAAACUUUGACCUCCGUUAAGAACCAGGAGAGACCAACGAAAUUUCGUAGAUUCGAGAUAUCGCCUCCAAAAAAGUGUAUCUCGGCGUUAGGGACGCCGGACCGAACGAGACGCGUGUCCCCGACGAAGAGCACAAAAGUUCGCAAGGAUAAAAAAUUGAGCGAACCGUCAACGAGCUUCCGAAAAAAAGUGCAAAAGAACUGUUCUAUAAAACAUGGCCAGGUGUCUAUUCCCGGUGUGAGAAUAGCGAAUCUUUCCUUGGCCCGAUUGAACCAAAGUAAUAUUAAAGAAAAGAGCACGAGGAACGAGCCGAAGGAAAUGAGCGUUCAGCUCCACGACCCGAACGAUUAUCUCACGAGAUUUUGUAAUCCGGAUCCUUUCGCAGCAACGACGACGCAGGAUCCAUUUUUAACGAGUACUCUGUAUUACGAUGACAAAUGGAUUUAUCAGCAAGAGAUGGAGUUCAAAAAAUGGCUGAACAAGCUUCUAACGCCACCGGAACAUUUGAGCGCCGAUGUAGAUUCGAUACGCGUGGACGUUGGCAAAGUGUGGCAAUCUUGUCGAAAUCGUGAGGACGUUGCGCUUGCGGAAAGCCGAGAAACCGUUUCAGCAAGAUACCACACGAACACGCGGUUGAAUACUUUAAGAAAAGCAGCCUGUGCGAUGUUUCGCCGUGAGGAAGUCACCGCGGCAUUGUCAAAAGCCACUGUUUGCGUCGAACGGGGAUCGUUGAUGAUCCGACAAGACCGGGAUUUGCAUCGCGAUAUUGGAUUGCAAAAGGAAAUACUCGAAUUAUUUUUGAGUUACAAUCCACUCUGGCUUCGGAUCGGUCUUGAAACCGUCUACGGAGAAACGAUUCCUUUACACUCGAACAACGAUUUGGUCGGUCUCACGAGAUUUCUCAUCUCGAGAUUCUUCUCCGACCCGUUCAUCGUUAAAACUCAUUCCCACGCGACAAUACUGAGCCUCAAACUUUCGACGUUCUCUCUUCACAUGAACAAAUUUAUCCUCAAGAAAUUUUUGCUCCUCGUAUACUUUCUUGAUUAUGCCAAAAGGAACAAACUCAUCGGUCACGAUCCGUGCCUCUUUCACAAACGCGCGAGCCACAAAGACAGCCGCGCUAUUUUGCUAACAUUCGCUCGCGAGGUCCUCAGCGGCGUCGGCGACUUGACCAAAGUUUUACGCACUCACGGUUACGUCGUUUCCCACCAGCAAACUUAUCUCGAUGAGUACGAUUAUGCCGUCAAGGAAAUCGCGACGGAUUUACGCGAUGGCGUUCGUCUUUGUCGCGUUAUGGAAUUGAUAACCGGUGAUCGUAAUUUAACUUGUCGCUGUCGUGUUCCAUCUAUUUCCAGGCUGCAAAAGGUGUACAACGUCGAUUUGGCCCUCGCUGCUCUUCUGCGAUGCGGAUACACUAUCACCGGCGAAAUAGACGCUAAGAGCAUCGCGGAUGGACAUCGCGAGAAAACUCUCUCGCUUCUCUGGCAAAUUAUUUACAAGUAUCAACGUCCGAGAUUCGAAAAAGCUGCAAAUACUAUACGAAGGUGGUGGCGAGCGAACCUGUGGUACGUCAGAGUUCGAAACUUGUUGCGGGAUCGUCGCGAGAAUGCAGCUUCGACGAUACAGCGCGCUUGGAAAUGCCACGAAGCGAGACGAAUCGCGGAGGAAUUGCGAGAGGAGCGAAAACGCCGGAGGACGAAGGAGGAAGAAGCCAUUCGAGUGAUACAGAUUUGCUGGCUGCGAAGAAUGAAAAUGCUGCGAGAUCGUAGGGAUUUUAUCCUGAAAAGAAAAGCUGCUAUCUCUAUUCAAACGUGGUUCCGACGCCACCGUGAGAGCGCGCCGUUCGUCAGAGAAUUUCGAGUUAAACGCCGUGCCGUCGAAAUUAUUCAGAAUCAUUGGAGGUCUUACUUGCUAGCGAGGAAGGAAAGAGCUCGAUAUUUGUACCUAUUGGACUCGACUAGAACCAUUCAAAGUUUGUGGAGAGCGAAACAAGCGGGUCGAAAAGAUUUACAGCGAUACGUGUCCUUGAAAAAAGUAACGAUCGUCGUCCAAUCGAGAUGGAGAGCGUUACGAUCGAUGAAAACAGCUCGGCAAUCUUUCGAGCAAAUAAUACGAUCGACGAUCGUUAUUCAAUCUUGGUGGAGGCGAAGUCUUCGGCUCAAGCGGGAUCGCAAUGAAUAUUUACUGAAAAAACACGCCGUUCGAGAGAUCGAGAGAUGGUUAAUCGCUCGGAAGAAAAUGCUUUUCGAGAGGGAUCGCUUCAGAGCGAGACGACAAGCUACAAUAUUGAUUCAGAGAAAUUUCCGAAGAUAUUCUCAAACGAAAGAAUUUGUCGAACAGUUUCGCAAAUGUGCUCGAGCAUCCAGAGUUAUUCAGCACUGGUACCGAUCAGCAAGGAUCGCGAAACAUUAUCGAACUCAAAAGACGAGUUGCGUCGCCAUCCAACGCUGGUGGCGUGCCAUCUGUUUGACCAGAAUCGCAGUCAGGUCGUUUGAAAAUCUCCAGAAAGCGACGAUAGUCAUUCAAAAAACUUGGCGGAUGAAAAGAGCUCGGCGGGAUUACGCUCAAAUGAAACAUGCCGUGGAAACAAUUGAAUUCUGGUAUGAGAGAGCUUUGCUGAUGAGAUCAGCUCGUCGUGAAUUCAUAGCCAAGAGAAACGCGGCAGCGAAGCUCCAAAGUUGGUGGCGCAACCUCCAAAUAAGCAGAAAUCAACAAUCCGAGUAUCUCAAAUACAGGCAAAAUGUCAUAGUCAUUCAGACCAAAUGGCGAGCAACUUUGAUCGCAAGAAAAACGAGACUCGAGUAUUUGCAAACGAGAAAAGUCAUUGUUCAAGUUCAAGCAACUUGGCGAAUGAUUCGUCAGAGAAGAAUCUUCGUUGAUCUUCUCGGACGACACAGAGCAGCAUCUCUUUUGCAAAAACGGUGGAGAGAAACUGCGGUAGCUCGAGAAGUACGGAAAAAUUUCCUCGAAUAUCGUUCUGCCUGUGUCUUGAUACAAAAUAGAUUCCGCGAGCUGAGAGCCUGUCGCGCGGCGCGUUUCGACUACACGAGAAUACGCAGAGCCACCAUUGUCAUUCAGAAGAAUUGGCGAAUGCUGAGAAUUUCCAGAGAGUACAAAAACCAGAAGGACGCAGCUAUUAUUUUGCAGGAAAGGUGGAGAGCGCGAAAGCUCUGCAUCGAAGCUCGUAAGAAUUACCUCGAGCUCAGAGAAGCGACUAUAAGAAUGCAGCUUCGUUACAAGUCCAAUAAUAAAGCUCUUGAAACGAGACGGACCUAUCUUGAGUUACGAUCGACCGUGAUUAUCGUUCAAAGAAUGUGGCGUGCUAAAAAAUCUAUGGAAGCAGCUAGAAAUCGCUUUGGGGAGUUUAAGAGAGCGGCGAUUGUCCUGCAGUCGAAUUGGAGAAUGAUUUUGGAGCGACGAUCUUAUUUGAAGGUUCGAAAUGCCGCAUUAACUCUGCAGACGCGAUGGCGAGCUGUAAAACUAGCCGGUCAAGUGCGAGAGAGUUACGAAAAUUUGCGAGGAUCGGUUUUGACGGUACAACGACGUUUCCGAGCCAACAGGGCAUGCAAAGUUGCUCGAAACGAGUACGCGAGAACGAGGUCAAUAAUAAUACGGAUGCAAAAAUUGUGGCGGAAAAAAAUGGAUCAUCGACUGCGCGACGAGGCAGCGAUAAAUAUACAAACAUGGUGGAAAUCGAUAAUCGUUAUGAGAGAAUGCAAGAAAACAUACGAAGAUAAAAAACGCAUUGCUCUCGUUUUGCAGCGACGAUAUAGAGCCACCAAAAUCGCUUCGCAAGUCAGAAAAAAUUAUCUACGAACUCUUGCGUCUAUCGUCAAGCUCCAACGACGCUGGAGGUUUCUGCUCAAGAAAAAACGUCACGAGGCUUGGUUACGAGAGAGAAAAACAGCUGUUUCUACCAUCGAAAAUUGGUGGAUCAUCGUUCUGGAAGAGAAACGCAAAAGAAUCGCUAAAUUCGUUCAGUUGCAAAAAGAACAUGCUGCAGCAACAAAGAUACAGAGCCUUUGGCGUGGACACUCGGUACGAAUGAACCAGUCUGUGGCCAUGAAGGAUCUCCGCGAACGCUCCGAAAGGGCUGCCACAGCUGCCGUCCCCUCGGCAACUGUCGCUUUCAAAUUGCGAGCAUCCAUGGACACUCUUGACAAUUGCAAAACCAUUGCACAAUUGUUCGUCUGCCUCACUAAUCUCGAUACCUUAACGAGAUUGUCUUACGAGGGUUGCAUAUUAUUUUGCAAAAUGAAUUUUGCCAACAAAGUAUAUGGAACGAUUGCAAUGGCAAAUCGAUCGAUUCCAUGGCUCGAUGUCUGCAGCCGUUGCACAAGUAUUUUGAUUACACUCGCUAAACUGCCAGAGACAAAAAAUUAUAUUCACAGAAUCGACCAAAUGGAAACUCUUGCGAGACUCAUGACUGUAGCGAUCGACCAUCAUGUCGAUCUAUUUCUUCGUCUGGCCACAUUAUUGUGGCUAUUGUCGGAAAAUGAAGAGUAUGCAACGGCUGUGAAAAAUUGUUCCCGAACAACUUGGAUAUUACGAAGCCUGAAUGUGACGAUAAACAAAAAGAAGGGCAAAUUUCCGGCGGGAAAUUUUAACAGAUUAAUGGUAGGGGAACAAACUGCCCUCUUACCGAAUUCGAAGCCGGAUUGGGGCAUUAAACAUAAUCGGCCACGAUUGUUUACAACCGUCCACCACGCUAUUUCGAGUCUAAUGAAGAGAUUGAAAAUAGAUGCGCCAAUUUAAUACAUUUGAAGCAUCGAGUAAUGCGUUAGAGAGAAUAUAAUGGAUCUCUGCAAUGUUUAUGUCCAACAGAUUUGAAAUUGUGUAAACGAGUAAUUUUUACAUUGAGAGAAAAUCAUACUUUUACUUGCAUUGUAUUUUCUUACAUUGUAAAUCUUUAUUGCUCCAACUAGUUUUUGUAUUUUCAUAAAAGUCACUAGAGAAUUAGAUGUUGAUGAACCCAUAUGUAAAAAAGAUUAAUCGAUGGAAAACUCUGUAGGCAAGAGUGAAAAAUGUUCGUUGCCGAGUUUUUGGUCCAUACAAGCGGAUAGCGCAGCGUCGUAUCGACAAAAACCUCAUUACAUAAUAGUGAAAAAAAUCAAUUUUUAAAAUUUUAAUUCAAAAUGUUAUCAUUUCGAGUCGUUUUUGUAUUCUUAUAUAUUUGAUUAAAAAGUCGUUUAAUAAACGCAUGUGUAAAAGGAA